AUGGACAUCGGCGGUACUCUGGUGAAGCUGGUCUACUUCGAGCCCAAGGACAUCACGGCGGAGGAGGAGCAGGAAGAGGUGGAGAGCCUGAAGAGCAUCCGUCGCUACCUGACCUCCAACACGGCGUACGGGAAGACGGGCAUCCGAGACGUCCACCUGGAGCUGAAGAACCUGACCGUGUGCGGCCGGACGGGCAACCUGCACUUCAUCCGCUUCCCUACGCAGGCCAUGCACCACUUCAUCCAGAUGGGCCGAGACAAGAACUUCUCCAGCCUCCACACCACGCUCUGCGCCACUGGCGGAGGGGCCUACAAGUUCGAGAACGACUUCAGAACGGUGAGUGAGAGAAUAAGACAACGGGUGACCUGACAACCUUGCAGCCUUGAUUCCAGUUAAGGAAGGGGUGUGCUAUGUUAGAUAAGACAUUAUUAUUAUUAUUAUUAUUAUUAUUAUAGAUUUUUUUAUUUGCUCUGGACUUGUUGGCCUAUGCUUUACUGUACUGGUGUUGCGAAGACAACCUGUGCUGUCAGGCGCUGGGUUGUGGUGCUGGCCGGCUGGGCUUCUCUGUUCUCCGACCGCAGACCUGGUUUGUUUACAUAGUCACCUGCUUCCUCAACCCUGACUGAGGUUUGCUUCAUGCUCUGAUUUGCCUCUGCGUGAUUUGCCUCACACCACCACCACCUCUCUCUCUCUCUCCGCCCCCCCUCUCCAGAUGGCUGAUUUAGAGCUGUUGAAGCUAGAUGAGCUUGACUGUCUGAUUCGUGGCCUGCUCUACGUGGACUCCGUGAGCUUCAACGGUCACCCUCAGUGUUACUACUUGGAGAACCCGUCAGACACCCAGAACAGUGUGAAGACCCCGUGCAGUCUGGCCAACCCGUUCCCUAUGCUGCUGGUCAACAUUGGAUCUGGGGUUAGCAUCCUGGCCGUGUACUCCAAAGACGACUACAAACGGGUCACCGGCACCAGGUAAAGCGCAGGACACAGUGGACAGGGAUUAACGUUUAUUUUUAUUUUUUAAAAGCCUUGCAAGGUCUGCAUUAUAAUUUAUGGUAGUGUUUUAAAAUCAGAAAUGUUUCAGGACAGUGCUGUUCACCAGUGCCAGUAUCUGCCAUGCUUUGACAACAGUCCAAAGCCAUUCUACUGAUCAGCAGUGAACUGGGUUUUCCCAGAUGAAUGACCCAAGUGAGAGUUGUUUUCUAGCAUGGGGGGAGUCAUUGUACAGAAAGGAAUUGUAAUCUUCAAAAGGCCCCUGAUUUUUGUUUUUCUUCAUAAGAAGAGAGAAUCAUCAUACGUUGUAAUGUCAACAGAGAUUACAGAGAAAAGCAAUAAUUUACAACUCUCUUCUUUGCUGUGAAGAGACAGAAUCAUUAGAUCAUUUGUUUUGGUACUGUCCAAUAUGUAGCUUGUUUUUGGUUGCAGGUUCAGGAAUGGUUGAAGAAUUGCAACAUUUACCUGAAGCUAACUCUUUUAAAUCACCCAGCAGUGCUAUUUGCAAAGUCAUAGUCAAUCAAUCAAUAAUAUAAUAAUACUCUUAGCAAACAUUUUUUAUCUUUAAUUUACAAUCUGUAGAAACUAUGAGAAUAGAAAGGUUCAUAACUUUUGUGAAACAGCACAGUUGAAAAAAAAAUAUGGCAAAUAGAAAUCAAAACUGGAUGUUGUUCAGAGAUAGAUGGGAGGGGUUGAGGGUAGCUGAAGGAUGGGACUAAAAACAAACAAAAGAUAACUAUUGUAAAAUAUACUGUGUAUGUAAAAUGUAUAUAGUAUGUAUAAACUGGAAGUAGAAGCCUAAGUGUUGUUGUCCAUUAGUUUACUCCAAUUAGGAUUGGGGGAAAAUAAUAAAGGAUCAAAUAAAAAUAUAUAUUUACCCUAAAAAUAUAUGGGGGAUUGGAAAUGAUGCAGACAAUUACAUUGAUGGAAGCCACAAUCAAUCUUGCAAUAUUAAAGCUGAUCUACGCCCUAAAAGAAAUAGGAAUUCAUAAUUUACAGCUGCUGUGCGUCAUUCAUAUUAGCUUUUGUAGUGGAAUUGUGACUCACGAUGGAUAAUAGUUAGACUACUUUAUUGUUACCAGCAAGCCAGGUUGAACAACGUCUACGUCAGAAGACAGAGCGCCAAGCCAGGUUGAACAACGUCUACGUCAGAAGACAGAGCGCCAAGCCAGGUUGAACAACGUCUACGUCAGAAGACAGAGCGCCAAGCCAGGUUGAACAACGUCUACGUCAGAAGACAGAGCGCCAAGCCAGGUUGAACAACGUCUACGUCAGAAGACAGAGCGCCAAGCCAGGUUGAACAACGUCUACGUCAGAAGACAGAGCGCCAAGCCAGGUUGAACAACGUCUACGUCAGAAGACAGAGCGCCAAGCCAGGUUGAACAACGUCUACGUCAGAAGACAGAGCGCCAAGCCAGGUUGAACAACGUCUACGUCAGAAGACAGAGCGCCAAGCCAGGUUGAACAACGUCUACGUCAGAAGACAGAGCGCCAAGCCAGGUUGAACAACGUCUACGUCAGAAGACAGAGCGCCAAGCCAGGUUGAACAACGUCUACGUCAGAAGACAGAGCGCCAAGCCAGGUUGAACAACGUCUACGUCAGAAGACAGAGCGCCAAGCCAGGUUGAACAACGUCUACGUCAGAAGACAGAGCGCCAAGCCAGGUUGAACAACGUCUACGUCAGAAGACAGAGCGCUGCGUGCUCUACCACGCACCCUAGACAGACACUGCCUGCCUGCUCGUUGCACGAGGACAGUCUAUAUUUACGGCAGUUCAACCUUGAAACAUCUCUAAAUAGAAAACGUCGCUGGGAUGAAACUGAGAUCAUGCUGGUAUUUGUCAUUUUGAAGCUUUCCGUUAACCACGGCCAAGUUAUCCUUCUUUGAAAUAGUUAAGUCAUGGUUAGGUUGGUAAAAGGAUAACUUGGCCAUGGUUAAGUCAGGGUUAGGUUGGUAAAAGGAUCCCUUGGCCAUGGUUAAGUCAGGGUUAGGUUGGUAAAAGGAUCCCUUGGCCAUGGUUAAGUCAGGGUUAGGUUGGUAAAAGGAUCAGUGGUGGAAAAAGUAAAGAUACCUUAAUAGAAAAUGACUCAAGUGAAAGUCACCCAGUAAAAUACUACUGGAGUAGAAGUCUGAAAGUAUUUGAUUUUAAAUAUACUUAAGUAUCAAAAGUAAAAGUAUAAAUCAUUUCAAAUUCCUUAUUAGGCAAACCAGACGGCACAAUUGUAUUUGUAUUUUUUAUUUACAGAUAGCCAGGGGCGCACUCCAACACUCAGACAUCAUUUACAAACUAAGCAUGUGUGUUUAGUGAGUCUGCCAGAUCAGAGGCAGUAGGGAUGACCAGGGAUGUUCUCUUGAUGAGUGCGUGAAUUGGACCAUUUUCCUGUCCUGCUAAGCAUUCAAAAUGUAAUGAGUACUUUUGGGUGUCAGGGAAAAUGUAUGGAGUAAAAAGUACAUUAUUUUCUUUAGGAAUGUAGAGAAGUAAACGUUGUCAAAUAUAUAAAUAGUAAAGUAAAGUACAGAUACCCUGAAAAACUACUUAAGUAGUACUUUAAAGUAUGUUUACUUAAGUAUUUAAAGUAUUUUUACUUAAGUAUUUACACCACUGAAAAGGAUAACUUGGCCGUGGUUAAGUCAGGGUUAGGUGACAGCUCCUGAGUGCUUUGGUUCAGCUUACAGUUCCUAUGUGACCUGUUCUGCCUACCCCAAUAAACUCUCCCUGUCUCAGGCUGUCUCCGGCUGAGAGGGGACGCACUGUUGUACGUUCAUUCAGAACCACUUUCCAUGAAGUUUCCCCAGCAUAAGGGACGAAACCGUAACUUGAAGCGUACAUGUGUGUAACUACAAAAUUUCACACGUUUCCCAUAUGAUGUCAAAAAGCCCAUUGACGUUCCUGUGCCUGAUCCCUUCUCUGUGUCCUCCCCUCAGUCUUGGUGGGGGAACGUUCCUGGGCCUGUGCUGCUUGCUGACGGGGUGUGAGACGUUUGAAGAGGCGCUGGAUAUGGCUAGCAGAGGGGACAGCAGCAAUGUGGACAAGCUGGUGAAGGAUAUCUACGGAGGAGACUAUGAGCGCUUCAACCUCCAAGGAUCUGCUGUGGCCUCCAGGUGAGCGAGGGACCACUCAGUACUGGGGCAUUAUACUGGAUCUACCAUGAUAAUAUAUGUACCAUUUAUAUAUCUACCAUGAUAAUAUAUACACUGAACAAAAAUAUAAACGCAACAUGAAACAAUUUCAAAUAUUUAAGGAAGUCAGUCAAUUUAAAUAAAUAAAUUAGGCCCUAAUCUAUGGACUUCACAUAACUGGGAAUACAGAUAUGCAUCUGUUGGUCACAGAUACCUUAAAGGUAGGGGCGUGGAUCAGAAAACCAGUCAGUAUCUGGUGUGACCACCAUUUGCCUCAUGCAGCGCGACACAUCUCCUUCACAUAGAGUUGAUCAGACUGUUGAUUGUGGCCUGUGGAAUGUUGUCCAAGGAACGGUCCAUAGAGCUCCGAGAUAGAAUUGUGAUGAGGCAGAUAUCUGUGGAAGGGCAUAAAACCAUUUCUAGAGUGAAGGUUUCCAAGAGCACAGUGGUCUCCAUCGUUGGGAAAAGGAAAAAAAUGUAGAUCUACCCAGACUCUGCCUAGAGCUGGCCGUCCGACCAAGCUGAGCAACCGGGCAAGAAGGGACCUUGGUCAGGGAGGUGAUCACUCCGAUAGAACUAGAGUUCCUACGGCUGAGAUGGGAGAACAUGCCAGAAGGACAAGUCUCUACAGCAUUUCACCAAUCUGGACUUUAUGGUCAGACGGAAGCCACUUCUGAGAAAAAUACAAAUGACAGCACGCCUGGAGUUUGCAAAAAGGCUCAGAAAGAAAGACUCGGAUCAUAAGGCGAAAAUAUUCUGUGGUCUGAUGAGACAAAAAUUAAACUAUUUUGCCUGAAUGCAAAGGGCUAUGUCUGGAGAACACCAGGUAUAGCUCAUCACCAGUAUAACACCAUCCCUACCGUGAAGCAUGGUGGUGGCAGCAUCAUGCUAUGGGGAUGCUUUUCAGCGGCAGGGACUGGGAGACUGGUAAGGUCAGAGGGAACAAUUAAUGGAGCCAAAUACAGGCAAAUUCUUGAUGAAAACCUGCUUCAGAGUGCAAACGACCUUAGACUGGGGCGAAGAUUUACGUUCCAACAGGACAAUGACCCCAAGUAUACAGCGAAAGCGACGCUGGAAUGGCUUCAGAAAACAGGAGGUUGGUGGCACCUUAAUUGGGGAGGACAGGCUCAUGGUAUCAGCAGGCCAGUCAAGUUCUUCCACACCAAUCUCGCUUUGUGCACUGGGGCAUUGUCAUGCCGAAACAGGAACGGGCCUUCCCCAAACUGUUGCCACAAAGUUGGAAGCACAGAAUCGUCUAGAAUGUCAUUGUAUUCUGUAGCGUUAAGAUUUCCUUUCACUGGAACUAAGGGGCCUAGCCCGAACCAUGAAAAACAGCCCCAGACCAUUAUUCCUCCUCCACCAAACUUUACAGUUGGCACUAUGCAUUCGGGCAGGUAGCGUUCUCCUGGCAUCCGCCAAACCCAGAUUUGUCCGUCGGACAGCCAGAUGGUGAAGCGUGAAUCAUCACUACAGAGAACGCGUUUCCACUGCUCCGGAGUCCAAUGGCGGUAAGCUUUACACCACUCCAGCCGACGCUUGGCAUUGCGUAUGGUGAUCUUAGGCUUGUGUGCGGCUGCUUGGCCAUGGAAACCCAUUUCAUGAAGCUCCCGACGAACAGUUCUUGUGUUUUGACGUUGCUUCCAGAGGCAGUUUGGAACUCGGUAGUGAGUGUUGCAACAGAGGACAGACGGGGGCAGAAAUUUGACGAACUGACUUGUUGGAAAGGUGGCAUCCUAUGACUGUGCCACGUUGAAAGUCACUGAGGUCUUCAGUAACGCCAUUCUACUGCCAAUGUUUGUCUAUGGAGAUUGUAUGGCUGUGUGCUCGAUUUUAUACACCUGUCAACAAUGGGUGUGGCUGAAAUAGCCGAAUCCACUAAUUUGAAGGGGUGUCCACAUCCUUUUUUGUGUGUGUGUAUAUAUAUAUGUGUAUACAGCUCUGGAAAAAAUUAAGAGACCACUGCAAAAUGAUCAGUUUCUCUGGCUUUACUAUUUAUAGGUAUGUGUUUGGGUAAAAAUAACAUAUUUCUUUUAUUCUAUAAACUACUGACAACAUUUCUCCCAAAUUCAAAAUAAAAAUAUUGUCAUUUAGAGCAUUUAUUUGCAGAAAAUGACAACUGGUCAAAAUAACAAAAAAGAUGCAGUGUUGUCAGACCUCGAAUAAUGCAAAGAAAAUAAGUUCAUGUUCAUUUUUAAACAACACAAUAGUAAUGUUUUAACUUAGGAAGAGUUCAGAAAUCAAUAUUUGGUGGAAUAACCCUGAUUUUCAAUCACAGCUUUCAUGCGUCUUGGCAUGCUCUCCACCAGUCUUUCACAUUGGUGUUGGGUGACUUUAUGCCACUCCUGGCGCAAAAAUGCAAGCAGCUCGGCUUUGUUUGAUGGCUUGUGACCAUCCAUCUUCCUCUUGAUCACAUUCCAGAAGUUUUCAAUGGGGUUCAAGUCUGGAGAUUGGGCUGGCCAUGACAGGGUCUUGAUCUGGUGGUCCUCCAUCCACACCUUGAUUGACCUGGCUGUGUGGCAUGGCGCAUUGUCCUGCUGGAAAAACCAAUCCUCAGAGUUGGGGAACAAUGUCAAAGCAAAAGGAAGCAAGUUUUCUUCCAGGACAACCUUGUACAUGGCUUGACACAUGCGUCCUUCACAAAGACAAAUCUGCCCGAUUCCAGCCUUGCUGAAGAACCCCCAGAUCAUCACCGAUCCUCCACGAAAUUUCACAGUGGGUGCGAGACACUGUGGCUUGUAGGCCUCUCCAGGUCUCCGUCUAACCAUUAGAUGACCAGGUGUUGGGCAAAGCUGAAAAUUGGACUCAUCAGAGAAAAUGACCUUACUCCAGUCCUCUACGGUCCAAUCCUUAUGGUCUUUUGCAAACCUCAGCCUGGCUCUUCUUUGCUUCUCAUUGAUGAAGGGCUUUUUUCUAGCUUUGCACAACUUCAGCCCUGCCCCUAGGAGCCUGUUUCGAACCGUCCUCGCCGUGCACUUCACCCCAGCUGCCGUUUGCCAUUCUUUUUGUAGGUCACUUGAUGUCAUCCUACGGUUGUGGAGUGACAUUCAAAUGAGUUAGCGGUCAUCCGCCAAACCACUGUGUCUCGCACCUACUGUGAUAUUUGGUGGAGGAUCGGUGAUGAUCUGUGGGUGCUUCAGCAAGGCUGGAAUCGGGCAGAUAUGUCUUUGUGAAGGAUGCAUGAAUCAAGCCACGUACAAGGUUGUACUGGAAGAAAACUUGUUAAUUUUACCCAAACACAUACCUAUAAAUAGUAAAACCAGAGAAACUGAUAAUUUUGCAGUGGUCUCUUAAUUUUUUCCAGAGCUAUAUAUAUAUAUAUAUAUAUAGUUGAAGUCGGAAGUUUACAUACACCUUAGCCAAAUACAUUUAAACUCAGUCUUUCACAAUUCCUGACAUUUAAUCCUAGUAAAAAGUCCCUGUCGUAGGUCAGUUAGGAUCACCACUUUAUUUUAAGAAUGUGAAAUGUCAGAAUAAUAGUAGAGAGAGUGAUUUAUUUCAGCUUUUAUUUAUUUCAUCACAUUCCCAGUGGGUCAGAAGUUUACAUACACUCAAUUAGUAUUUGGUAGCAUUGCCUUUAAAUUGUUUAACUUGGGUCAAAUGUUUCGGGUAGCCUUCCGGAAGCUUCCCACAAUAAGUUGGGUGAAUUUUGGCCCAUUCCUCCUGACAGAGCUGGUGUAACUGAGUCAGGUUUGUAGGCCUCCUUGCUCGCACACGCUUUUACAGUUCUGCCUACACAUUUUCUAUAGGAUUGAGGUCAGGGCUUUGUGAUGGCCACUCCAAUACCUUGACUUUGUUGUCCUUAAGGCAUUUUGGCACAACUUUGGAAGUAUGCUUGGGGUCAUUGUCCAUUUGGAAGACCCAUUUGCGACCAAGCUUUAACUUCCUGACUGAUGUCUUGAGAUGUUGCUUCAAUAUAUCCACAUAAUUUUCCUUCCUCAUGAUGCCAUCUAUUUUGUGAAGUGCACCAGUCCCUCCUGCAGCAAAGCACCCCCACAGCAUGAUGCUGCCACCCCCGUGCUUCACGGUUGGGAUGGUGUUCUUCGGCUUGCAAGCGUCCCACUUUUUCCUCCAAACAUAACGAUGGUCAUUAUGGCCAAACUGUUCUAUUUUUGUUUAAUCAGACCAGAGGACAUUUCUCCAAAAAGUACGAUCUUUGUCCCCAUGUGCAGUUGCAAACCGUAGUCUGACUUUUUUAUGGCGGUUUUGGAGCAGUGGCUUCUUCCUUGCUGAGUGGCCUUUCAGGUUAUGUCGAUAUAGGACUUGUUUUACUGUGGAUAUAGAUACUUUUGUACCUGUUUCCUCCAGCAUCUUCACAAGGUCCUUUGCUGCUGUUCUGGGAUUGAUUUGCACAUUUCACACCAAAGUACGUUCAUCUCUAGGAGACAGAACGUGUCUCCUUCCUGAGCGGUAUGACGGCUGCGUGGUCCCAUUAUGUUUAUACUUGCAUACUAUUGUUGGUACAGCUGAACGUGGUACCUUCAGGCGUUUGGAAAUUGCUCCCAAGGAUGGACCAGACUUGUGGAGGUCUACAAUUUUUUUUCCGAGGUUGAUUUAUUUUGAUUUUCCCAUGAUGUCAAGCAAAGAGGCACUGGGUUUGAAGGUAGGCCUUGAAAUACAUCCACAGGUACACCUCCAAUUGACUCAAAUGAUGUCAAUUAGCCUAUCAGAAGCUUCUAAACCCAUGACAUCAUUUUCUGGAAUUUUCCAUGCUGUUUAAAGGCACAGUCAACUUAGUGUAUGUAAACUUCCGACUUCAAAUGUACGUGUAUAUGUGUGUGUGUGUGUGUGUGUGUGUGUAUACAGUGGGGGAAAAAAGUAUUUAGUCAGCCACCAAUUGUGCAAGUUCUCCCACUUAAAAAGAUGAGAGAGGCCUGUAAUUUUCAUCAUAGGUACACGUCAACUAUGACAGACAAAUUGAGAAAAAAAAAAUCCAGAAAAUCACAUUGUAGGAUUUUUUAUGAAUUUAUUUGCAAAUUAUGGUGGAAAAUAAGUAUUUGGUCACCUACAAACAAGCAAGAUUUCUGGCUCUCACAGACCUGUAACUUCUUCUUUAAGAGGCUCCUCUGUCCUCCACUCGUUACCUGUAUUAAUGGCACCUGUUUGAACUUGUUAUCAGUAUAAAAGACACCUGUCCACAACCUCAAACAGUCACACUCCAAACUCCACUAUGGCCAAGACCAAAGAGCUGUCAAAGGACACCAGAAACAAAAUUGUAGACCUGCACCAGGCUGGGAAGACUGAAUCUGCAAUAGGUAAGCAGCUUGGUUUGAAGAAAUCAACUGUGGGAGCAAUUAUUAGGAAAUGGAAGACAUACAAGACCACUGAUAAUCUCCCUUGAUCUGGGGCUCCACGCAAGAUCUCACCCCGUGGGGUCAAAAUGAUCACAAGAACGGUGAGCAAAAAUCCCAGAACCACACGGGGGGACCUAGUGAAUGACCUGCAGAGAGCUGGGACCAAAGUAACAAAGCCUACCAUCAGUAACACACUACGCCGCCAGGGACUCAAAUCCUGCAGUGCCAGACGUGUCCCCCUGCUUAAGCCAGUACAUGUCCAGGCCCGUCUGAAGUUUGCUAGAGUGCAUUUGGAUGAUCCAGAAGAGGAUUGGGAGAAUGUCAUAUGGUCAGAUGAAACCAAAAUAGAACUUUUUGGUAAAAACUCAACUCGUCGUGUUUGGAGGACAAAGAAUGCUGAGUUGCAUCCAAAGAACACCAUACCUACUGUGAAGCAUGGGGGUGGAAACAUCAUGCUUUGGGGCUGUUUUUCUGCAAAGGGACCAGGACGACUGAUCCAUGUAAAGGAAAGAAUGAAUGGGGCCAUGUAUCGUGAGAUUUUGAGUGAAAACCUCCUUCCAUCAGCAAGGGCAUUGAAGAUGAAACGUGGCUGGGUCUUUCAGCAUGACAAUGAUCCCAAACACACCGCCCAGGCAACGAAGGAGUGGCUUCGUAAGAAGCAUUUCAAGGUCUUGGAGUGGCCUAGCCAGUCUCCAGAUCUCAACCCCAUAGAAAAUCUUUGGAGGGAGUUGAAAGUCCGUGUUGCCCAGCGACAGCCCCAAAACAUCACUGCUCUAGAGGAGAUCUGCAUGGAGGAAUGGACCAAAAUACCAGCAACAGUGUGUGAAAACCUUGUGAAGACUUACAGAAAACGUUUGACCUUUGCCAACAAAGGGUAUAUAACAAAGUAUUGAGAAACUUUUGUUAUUGACCAAAUACUUAUUUUCCACCAUAAUUUGCUAAUAAAUUCAUUAAAGAUCCUACAAUGUGAUUUUCUGGAUUUCUUUUUCUCAUUUUGUCUGUCAUAGUUGACGUGUACCUAUGAUGAAAAUUACAGGCCUCAUCUUUUUAAGUGGGAGAACUUGCACAAUUGGUGGCUGACUAAAUACUUUUUUUCCCCACUGUAUUUAUGUGUGUGUAUUUAACCAUAAACGUAAUUGUUAUGGUAGUUAAUUAACCGUAAAAGCACUGCAAAAACGCAAUGUAGGUUAAGUAACGGUGUCCUUGUCCCAGAAGUGAUCUCCGGCCUUGGCCUUGUGUUAUGAUGUUCAAUUCUCUUUUAAUUCUUAACAAAACAAACUCUCAUUUGUAUUGUUUAAAUUAAAGAAGGAUUUGUGAUUCUUGUGAUUUCAUAUGUUGUUUUUGUUCUUUUAACCCACAGCUUUGGCCACAUGAUGAGCAAGGAGAAACGAGACUCCAUCAGCAAAGAGGACCUGGCCCGGGCUAUGCUAGUCACCAUCACCAAUAACAUAGGUUCCAUUGCACGCAUGUGUGCCGUCAACGAGGUAACCACACACACACAUUCUCCCUGCAGUUUGCGAUAUAUUAACAUUCACUCAGUUAUGUUUUCAGGAGAAGUAGUUGUCUAAAGGGCUUAUUUGCAUUUACAUUUUUACAUUUUAGUCAGUUAUCCAGAGCGACUUAGUCAGUGCAUUCAUCUUAAGGUAGUGUAACCGGUGUCAAAUGGCUAGCUAGUUAGCGGUGCGCGAUGGUGGCGUUUCAGUCGGUGACGUCACUCGCUCUGAGACCUUGAAGUAGUUGUUUCCCUUGUUCUGCAAGAGCCGCGGGUUUUGUGGAGCGACGGGUAACGAUGCUUCGUGGGAGGCAGUUGAUGAUGUGUUCAGGGGGUCCCUGGUUCGAGCCCAGGUUGGGGCAAGGAGAGGGAAGGAAGUAUUACUGUUACAGUAGCUAGGUGAGACAACCACAUUUCAGUCUUUUGGGUGGUUUUCUGUAUGCGUUCAGCUUCUUUACAGUGUUGCCUUGUGGCAUGGUGAUCAAGCAGCGUCCUUUACAGUGUUGCCUUGUGGCAUGGUGAUCAAGCAGCGUUCUUUACAGUGUUGCCUUGUGGCGUGGUGAUCAAGCAGCGUUCUUUACAGUGUUGCCUUGUGGCAUGGUGAUCAAGCAGCGUCCUUUACAGUGUUGCCUUGUGGCAUGGUGAUCAAGCAGCGUCCUUUACAGUGUUGCCUUGUGGCAUGGUGAUCAAGCAGCGUCCUUUACAGUGUUGCCUUGUGGCAUGGUGAUCAAGCAGCGUCCUUUACAGUGUUGCCUUGUGGCAUGGUGAUCAAGCAGCAUCCUUUACAGUGUUGCCUUGUGGCAUGGUGAUCAAGCAGCGUUCUUUACAGUGUUGCCUUGUGGCAUGGUGAUCAAGCAGCGUCCUUUACAGUGUUGCCUUAGCAGUUGGCCUUGAUGGCAUGGUGAUCAAGCAGCGUUGUACAGGGCUGUCAAAGCGCACAGACAAAGGCAGAGAGGCUGACACAUAAAAGCUUUAAUAAAAUAAGUGACACUAGCAAGAGCAGUGUGCGUGUUUCUCUUUUCUUUUGAAGUUCUCACGUUGUUCCCACACACCCGCUACAGGAUCACUCCGAUGUGGGGGUGCUUUUUUACAUCUGGUGUCAGUGAUAGUAUAGACAGGACAAUAAGUGCAAGGCAGUUCAGUUCAACACCAACACAACAGCACAGAUACAGAUGCUGUAUCUAGCAUUUCGAGGUCCAACUGGCUUCCUUCUCAGCUCCGGCCUUGUACAUUAAACAUUGGUAACAGGGCCGAGGUACAGCAGACUCCUGUCUUUUAGCACCACUUUGUGGUAAUCAUGAGUAUUUAUUUAUUCAUCCCUAUUGGCUGUUGGUAUUUGGUGUUUUAUUAGGAUCCCCAUUAGCUGUUGGUAUUUGGUAUUUUAUUAGGAUCUCCAUUAGCUGUUGGUAUUUGGGUAUUUUAUUAGGAUCUCCAUUAGCUGUUGGUAUUUGGGUAUUUUAUUAGGAUCUCCAUUAGCUGUUGGUAUUUGGGUAUUUUAUUAGGAUCUCCAUUAGCUGUUGGUAUUUGGGUAUUUAUAGGAUCUCACAUAGCUGUUGGUAUUUGGGUAUUUAUUAGGAUCUCCAUAGCUUGAUUAGGAUCUCCAUUAGCUGUUGGUAUUUUGGAUACUUUUAUGAGGAUCUCCAUUAGCUGUUUGGUAUUGGGUAUUUUAUUAGGAAUCUCCUUACUGUUGGUAUUGGGUAUUUAUUAGAUCUCAUUAGCGGUUGCAAAAGCAGCAGCUACUCUCCUGGGGUCCACCAACAUGAAACAUGACAUAAUACAGAACCUUAAAUAGACAAGAACAGCUCAGGGACAGAACUACAUACAUAAAAAAAAACAAUGUUUCUGGAGUUCUGUUAUGACCUGUAUAUUGACUGUCUCUGUGUGUUUUGGAUACAUUACAUAUUUUGCAUUAAAAUAACGUCACUACAAUGACGUUUUCACUUUCAGAAAAUCGAGAGAGUUGUGUUUGUUGGGAAUUUCUUACGGAUCAACACUGUGUCUACUAAGCUGCUGGCCUACGCCAUGGACUUCUGGUCAAAGGGGCAACUGAAGGCCCUGUUCUUAGAACACGAGGUACAACACUUGAUUUUGGAUUUUAGAUUCUGUCAGACUGAAUGUAAACAAAGUUGUCAACUCCUACCCCAUCGCUCCCGGAUUUCAUAAUCAUAAUUUGAGUAUUAGCAAUAAUCCUAUAUUUGUAUGUUUUUCUGUAGGGAUAUUUUGGAGCGGUUGGGGCGUUACUGGAGCUGCUGAAGUCGUCUGAGGAGCCGUGA